AUGCCGAGAUAUUGGACGUCGUCAAACGCGCUCUUCUCUAGUAGUGCACCGCAAGGCAAUUUAUCUGCAGCAAAUCCUGAAAGCCUCUCGGCCAAUGCGGUUAUGGUUUCAUUCACCCGAGGCUUAAUAAUCUCGGCUCCUCCGCGAUCCAUUGACAGCGCGGUUGACCAGCAGUCCCGCCACUGCCGCCUUGGUGACGAGCCAUUUGUUACUGCUUCCGCGUUUAUCGAUUAUCGUCUCCACUGCCGCGGCGCCUGCGGCCGCCUCCACGGGGCCAACCUGUGCGUCGCCGAGAUGUGCGCCUACCUGCCGAUCUGCGGCUCCAUCUUCGAGCUCGCGAGCCGCUUCGUCGACCCAGCCCUCGGCUUUGCCAUGGGCUGGACAUACUUCUUCGCCGGCCUCAUGCUCGUUUGCACCGAGUACUCUGCUAUCGCCACCGUCAUCCGGUACUGGGACUCCAGCACGAAUCCCGCCGCGUGGAUCGCCGUUGCCAUGUUCUCGUGCAUCAUUGCCAACGUGGUUGCCGUCAAGUGGUACGGCGAGGCCGAGUUCAUCAUGGCGUCCACAAAAAAAAAGGCAGUGGACCGGCUGAACGCAUUGUGUAUGUAUCCUGGAGGCAAUAUUGUUGGAGGGGAAAAGGGAGGGCCUGUGUUACGCAUUCCUGAGCGACGUAGACGCCGAGGAAAAGCCCCACUCCGAGGCAAGCAGCUUCUGCAAAGCGCGCUGGUUCACCCGCGGAUGGACGCUCCAAGAGCUUAUCGCGUUGGCAGUGGAGCCAACCCCGGCGCCAUGCAGUUGAGCGAUUCAUGCGAGAAAACGGGAGUACAUUGA